UACUCAAACUAGAAAACCAUACUUGUAAUUUAUCGAAGAUACAGUGCUUUUGGAUUAAAUCCGAUAAGAUAAAUACACUAAGAAAACAAUACGACGCUUUCCUCGAGGAUGACAAAAAGCGAAGGGAUCGGAAUGAAUAUAUUUUGGGACGUCUUGAAGAAAUGCGUUCAUCUACAGCUCUUGUCCAAAUAUAUCAUAAGGAAAAUGCCCACAUAAAAGGCAGUUGCUUUUCUAGUCGAAGAAUUUCAGACUACUUAAAUAAUCCUUCAAGAAUAGAAACAACAAGUAAAUCAACUACACCAUCUGAUUGUCUAACGAAACAACUCGAAUCAUCUAUAUUAAAGGAAAUUAGCAAAAAUUACAUACUUAUUCCAAAAUUACAACCGCGCCUUUCAAGUAGCCUUUCAUAUCCUAACCCUCUUACUGAAAAUGCUGACACCGAUUGGAAAAGCAAGUACAAUAUUUUAAACGAAUUAAAGAAAAAUGAAAAAGAAUCUGUACCAGAUAAAGUACAUGAUUUUAUUUUGGAAGAAAAACAUAAAUCGUCUUUAUUUUCUGAAGAAUCAGAAAAGCAGCAACAAAAUAAAAUAAAUGAUGAGGUAGCUGUAACUGUUAAUUUAAAUUCUCCAAAAUAUGAAUUUCAUUUAAAUAAAUUAAAUUCCAACAUAAUUGAUAAAGACAUCACCGAUGGAAGUACAAAAAACUAUGAAUCUCAUGAUAAACUGGACGAUACUGUUCCACAAAUCGAAAUUCCCAAAAAACAUAUAUCACAUAACUUAGAACCUACCAAAGAUGGUCAAUAUCCUCCUGCUAAUGAUAAUAUGCAUAAAAUUGAAGUUUCGCAACAGCUGUUUAUUGAGCCUAAUUCUGAAAUAUGUACAAACAUCGCGGUUAACAAGAACGUUGAAAACCAUGACAUUUCUCAAGAAACAACAAAUAUGGAUAUGAACAAAACGGACAAUCAAUGGGAUGGAAAAGGCGAUGAACAACCUAAUGAAUCAUUUAAGGCAAAUCAAUCAGAACAUAUAAACCCAGAAUACAAAGAAGAAAUUUCAGACACUGAUAAAAUAGACAGUCGAAAUGUGAGUGAGAACGAUAUUAAUUAUUCAGACGAGUUUCAGGAAAGUUCUAAAGAUUUUGUAGAAAAUGAAUCAGCUAUCAAUAAUAUUCAAAACCAUUAUUCAAAUGAAGCUCAUAUGAAUAGUGAUCAAAAUGCGAAUGCAGAAAUAAAUGAGUUGGAAAAAGAACAGAACGAAAUGUUUUACACAGAAAAUUCUGAAAAAUAUGAUGAAAGUAAUGUAGAAGCUGUCGGAAAUGCUAUAGAAAAUGAAAACUAUACAAAUGAUCAAUAUCCUUACUAUGAUGAAUCACAGCAAGAACAACCAUACACAACUGAAAUUAAUGAACAUGAAGAAUCGACAGAGCGAUAUGAUCCAAAUUACGAACAACAGUAUACGGAAAAUUAUGAAAAUGUACCUCAGUAUGAUGAUCAGCAAUAUGAAGUUGAUAAUUCUUACGAAACUCAGCAAGUUCCAGUAGAUUCGACGAUAAAUUAUGAAGAAGUACCACCGAGCAAUGUUGAUAAUUUUGAACCUUUACCAACUGAGCAUAAUAUGGAUAUAUCUUAUCAGAAUCAAGAAGCAACUGAAUACAAUUUAGAAAAUGAGAAUUACGAAUCUCAACAUUAUGAUACGAAUGAACAGCAGGAAUAUGGAACAACAGUAACAAAUGAUCAAGAACAAUAUGCAAUUGACCAAGAAUACAAUCAAAUGAAAACUGAACAAGAAACUGCUAAGGAAUUGGAAGAGGUACUAGAUAUAGAAGAUGGCUAUAUAAAUAAUGAAAAUACAACUUUAAAUGAUAACACAGAAGACACUAUAAGCACACAUAACUCAUCUAUUAAAAAUGAAUCCAGUUUGAAGGUGUCAUAAAAAACUGUUUUCCGUAAUAAAGCCAUAAGACA